UCGUAAGAAACACGUUGUUAAGUGCUUAAAUUAAUUUUACACCAGUCUUGGUUUUCCCCAUAUUUUCUUCUUCAAAGUUCUUCCAUUUUCUGCCUUACAGAUGCCUCCAUUAUGAGCAUAACCCUCAAUAUAUCAGUUCUAUUAAGCAAUUAUUUUAUUCAAAAUUAUUACCACAAUUUAGGUUUUACUGUGAAUGGUGAGUUGACGGAAUUCAACUUCUUUGGAUUGUUUACUUGCUUGCAUCUUCCUCCUAGGAAGCUAAAAAUAGUCUGUUGAUGGUGCCCUGGAUUCUUAAAUAAUUUUUUACCAAACCAUUAUCUUCAGCCGAUUGGUUGGUUUAUACGGUAGUCAUUAUUAAGUGACUUAACAUAAACAUUCCUAAAUUGCAUGCUGUCCAAAACAAUUGACAAAGAUGACUACUCCAAGUCAAGCAAAUUAGCCAGAGAAAUUUAGUUAUAAUAGUGGAAGAAGUACGACUUGGGAGGGAAGCCCCUAGCUGCAAGGCGCUGAAUUGGUCAACAAUUGAAGUUCGGACACUUGAUGUGACUUUUGAAAAGUUUAUUCUACCUGUUUGCUCCUUUACAAAUUGCUUAUAUUACCCCCAUCUGAAGCUUGUUGAAGCCUGCAAGAAACCAAUGCUUUUAAUUCUUUUUGCAAAGUUCUUCUAGGCGGCUGAGGUUUCUUUACAAAGUCUAGAUCCAUUUCUUUAUCUUGGUCUUCGUCCUCACCAACCACGUACUUCAUCAUCAACAUAAAAAAAUAAAACGCCUCAUAUAUUCUAUUCUCUUGGUAAACUUGACCCAUCAUCCUCUGCAGUCCCAACUGAUGGGUGGAUUCAUCACUCUCUUUCUCAUCUGUGUUCUCAUCUUGCAAAGCUCUGUUCUUGAGGUGACCCAUGCAAGGUUCCAAUCAACAAAGUGUGGAGAUGCAGGUCCUGACAUCCACUAUCCAUAUCAGAUAAAAGGUCAGCACCAGUACGAUGAGUCCCUUCCUGGUUUUGAGCUUCUUUGCAAAGAUAACCUCACCACCAUCCACUUUCCAUCUUAUGGAGAUUUAGAAGUGAAGUCUAUCUCCUAUGACACCAAAGACAUUCACCUCCUUGACCCCAAAAAUUGUGUGCAUCAUGUCUUUCUAAACCUCAAUCUCUUCCUCACUCCCUUCCACUAUUUUUAUGUUCUGAAAAAUUAUACAUACCUCAAUUGCUCAACCACCCUUCUACCUCCUUUCGUGGAGAUUCCAUGUUUAAGUGCUGCUAGUUAUCAUGUCUACACAGUUGACCCUGCACUACCAGUGCCAGGUUCAUGUGCAGGAGUUAAAACCGUUGCCAUUCCUUUUGCAUAUAGCCCUUAUCUCUCGGACAGUAAACUCGGUCUUAGAUUAACAUGGGGCAUGCGUGAACCUCAAGACAGGGAAACAACAAACGGUGCUAGAGGUUCCCACACAUCGCGUAACAUAGGUAUUGGGUUCGGCAUGUUUGUUUUUGUGAUGGCAAUGUUAUUGCUUAUAAGCACAAAGAUUCGUGUUGCCGCGAGGAAUAACCAUCAGAAAGAAGGGCAGUUAUUGUAUAGUUAGACAGAUUUCUGGCAGACAGUAAUAGACUUUUCAACAUUAUUCCUGUAGUUACAUGAUAUUUCUUAUAUUUCUCUUCUAGCUGUACCUGUUACAUUUCCCAAUUGAAUAUAUUUUCUUCUUAUCUCACGUCAGAGGAAACCAAACAAUCAGUGUAUACGAUAUUGAAUGACAUCCUUUUGUCCUCUUA